AUGGCUACACAAACCGUAGAGGGUAGUUCUAGAUCUGGGCCAAGACGAACUAUUAUAGGGGAUUUAUUAAAACCGUUGAAUUCGGAAUAUGGUAAAGUAGCUCCAGGCUGGGGUACUACACCCCUUAUGGGGGUGGCAAUGGCUUUAUUUGCGGUAUUCCUAUCUAUUAUUUUGGAAAUUUAUAAUUCUUCUGUUUUACUGGAUGGAAUUUCAGCGAGUUAA